UUUGGCAGAUUUGGAUGAAAUGUUAAUAGCGAUUCAUGACAUAACGACUCGUGAAGGAGCAUUUCAAAAAACCGAACGUACAGCUUUAUUUGCACAAAUGUGGACGAGACUUGGAGGCAAUUUUGUGAAAAGGCAAAUUUUUGAAGAAAAUUUACAAUUAUUAAAAGAUCUUGAUAAACAAAGACGUAUUGCAGUUUCUCAAAUACAAACAACAUUGUAUAGUUUAACUUCAUUUCAAUUGGAUUUAGAGGAAUUGAGAGAACAUGUUUCACGACCGUCAUUAGUCGAAAUGCCUAUUGAAGUUCAUAUCGAAAAUGUUGGAAAGGGAAUAGAGAGGUUAAGAACUAGUAAAGUUGCUUUAAGAAGUAAUGAUGAUGGUAUUAAGGCUAAGAUGAUUGAUAGUGAAAGUACUAACAAUAAUAAUAAGAAUGAAAACCUAAAAGUGGAUGCA